CAGCGAUUUUUUUGUUGGUAAACAAAAAUCAGCUGCAAUUAUUUUGAUUCGACGUUCGUAAAUGUUUAAUAACAGGAAAAAUUUCCGUAUAUUUUUCCAUUUAAGUACGCUCAGGGUUGUAACACAAAACAGUAGACAAAUUGCUUCACAAUGAAUUCCGAUGACAAUGGUAGCGAGAAUCCUGUUCCCAACGAAAGUGGCACAUCGAGAGUAAGAACGCAAAGCGAAUGUUCGGCGGCAAGUGACGAUGGGGCUAAUGCACAUUCCGGAAAAAGUGGUAGGCAACGAACAACAUCCCAACAAUUCAUGGUGGCUAGUGGUUUAACGGCUGCGUCUCCUCCAAAAUUUGUCUCGUUAGAAGACAUAAUGAAAGCGGCAAACGGAAUGAAAGAUAUGGCUCUUGUACAUCAAAUAGCAGUCGAUAAAGAUUUUCGAUUGGAACGUGCCGAACCUCCACCGAAUACUGUGGAAAAAGUUGUCAGGGACACGAUGCAUCGGGCGUUUUGGGAUAUAUUAAAAGAGGAAUUAGCCGAAGAUCCCCCCAAUUACACACGGGCGUUUACUUUGUUGGAAAAUAUCAAAGAUGGUUUGUAUGGGGUGCUGCUGUUACCUCAGCAUAUAAAAAUUAAGCAGCAAAUUCAGGAGAUUUUGGAUUCUGAUCUUAUUAAGCAACAGGCGGAAAAUGGUGCUUUAGACUUUAAUCAUUACGCCCAGUAUGUUAUAUCCAUAAUGGAAAAGCUUUGCGCGCCGAUUCGUGAUGAAAAAAUUAAACAACUUAAAGAAACAGUUGACGUUAUUGAAAUCUUUAAAGGAAUUUUGGAAACUUUAGAUUUAAUGGCGCUGGAUAUGGCAAACUUCACAAUUGAAAUGGUGCGACCUGACAUUAUAGCUCAUAGUGUUGAAUUAGAACGAAAAAAGUUUGCUGAUUACCUUGCUGUGCAACCAGAUGGUUUACAACAUACACGUACAUGGCUAUUAAAGCACUUGGCCAACCAUGAUGGGAAUCCGAACGAUCGAGAUCCUACCGCUUUUGUCCGUAAUCUAACCAAGCAAGUGUUCGCCGAAGCCUGUAUUGAACUUUUAGAAUGGAACGGUUUGAACCCCUAUCCUGAGACGUUUUUAUUGGACGAAGGACGACUAUCGGUUUUGGAGUUAUCUCUGAACCGAGUGAUUCUAAUCGGUACCAUUUUAUUAGUAAGCUGCAGCAAUGUGAGUUCCGACCUGCAGUCCCUCGCCUCCUUUAAAGACAAUAUUAAGCAACACGCUUCGAUUUUACUGCAGUCUGUUAGUUCGGAAAAAGAACUACCCGAGGCGCUUUCGAACAUCGCAGUUCAGGUUGUGACGGAUAUUAAACAAGCGCAGGAAGCUCACGGCUUACUGGAGUUAAGCGACGAGUCAGAAAAAUUAUUGAAAGACCAGUUACUCGCGAUUGCGAACAGUGAUCAUAGGAUCCGGCAGUUAGUUCGGCAAAGAGUGAAGGAUUUUCUCCUGCAGAUCAUUUUAUCGUCUACUGCGGCUCUUCAGAAAGUGCCUUCCGGUUUAGCGUCUUUACAAAAGGAGUUAACUAACAUCGCAGGACAGUUCCUAAGAAUUGUUUCCCAUAAUAGCACAGUUUUUUGCAUUUAUUAUACCGAUAUUGUCGCUAACGCAUUGUCUAUCACUGUGUAAUGAAUUUUUGUAACCGGUGAUUGAUAUAAUUAUUGAACACAUUCACAUUUUGAUACUAAUGGUACUGUUUAUAACAUUUUAUAUUGUGGUAGGUGUAAAAUUGUAUUUAAUUGUGAUACUAAUUACCAAAAAGGAGAAGCUAGCAAAACUUGUUAAUUUUGGAAUAAAAAUUCUUUAUCUUUGUAACAUCACCAGCUUGUUAGCUUGUAAUAAAGUUUAGAAAGGGUGUGACUCAUU